AUGAACAUAGAGGGUGAAAAUACUAUCAUAUUUAACUCCACAUUUGUUCGUCCUCUGCAUUUUUAUCUGGGUGGGUUUUACAACAUCCCUCAUGUUAAGUAUUACUAUGUCUUCUUGUGCUUUGUGUACAUCAUGACUGUGCUUGGCAAUGGUUUCCUCCUCUCUGUUAUUUACCUAGUGAGGACUCUACAUAGUCCCAGAUACAUAAUAGUGUUCAACCUGGCUCUGACAGAUUUGUGUGGGAGCACUGCUCUCAUCCCAAAGCUCCUGGACACAUUUUUGUUUAACAGGCGGUACAUUGUUUAUGAGGCCUGCUUAAGUUACAUGUUCUUUGUUUUAUUCUUUGGAAGUAUGCAAUCAUGGACUCUAGUCAUAAUGGCCUAUGACAGAUUUGUAGCAAUUUGCUUUCCAUUGAGAUAUACCAUUAUUGUAACAAGGAAAUCAAUAGUUACAAUUCUGUUGUGUUCAUGGAUCUCUCUGGUCAUGGUCUUCGGAGCCUUGGUUGGACUUCUUGAGCGACUGUCCUUCUGUGCAUCUGUGGUAAUGCAAAGUUUUUUCUGUGAUUAUGGACCAACAUAUCGUUUGGCAUGUAAUAAUACAUACAUAAACUACAUAAUGGCUAAUUUCACUUUUGUUGUAGUCAUUUGUAUUCCUCCCGUACUGAUCGGAGCCACCUACAUUUGCAUUUCUAUAGCACUGAGCAGAACUGCAUCCAGAGAAGAACGACUUAAAGCAAUGAGAACUUGUACUUCUCAUCUGAUUCUCGUGGCCCUUUUUUUUAUACCAUAUCUGGGCACAAAUAUAACAGUGCAAGCUAACGGCAUUGAUCCUAAUAUGAGGAUAUUAAAUUCUAGUUUAUCACACAUAGUUCCCUCUCUCCUAAAUCCGAUUAUAUACGCUUUAAAGACAAAAGAAGUGAUAAAUGCUUUUAAGAGGCUUUGCAAAAUAAAAAAAAUAAACAGACUUGUCACACAAUUGCAAACUCGGACUUCUUAG